AUGAAAAUCAAAAACAGAGCACAAGAAGAAACAGAAAAAGAUAACAAGAAACAGAACAAACAACCACAACACCAAACAAGAGAAUCAAGAAUCUGUAGAGCUUUGUGUUGCAGCAACAAAGCAAGACUCAGCAUCUCUUCAUCUUCUUCUUCCUCCUCGGUGGAAUCAGAGAAGCGUUCAAGAUUUUCAGACCAGCACGGUUCGAUCUCUAGCAUAACACACUACAUGGUUCAAGAGAAGUUAGAGCAGAUGAUCAGAGAGACACAAGAAGCUACACACCAAGAGAAGAUAAGGCAACAAAAGAUGAGAAGAAAAAGAAGAAGCAAGAGUAGCAUCAGUAGUACUAAGUUCAUAGUGAUGAUGGCGAUGGAGAAAUGUUCUCAUGAUCCAAGAGAGGAUUUCAGAGAGUCCAUGGUCGAGAUGAUCGUAGCAAACAAGAUCAGAGAAACAGAUGAACUUAGAAGCCUCUUGGAAUACUAUCUAUCUAUGAAUCCUCGCGAGUAUCGGUCUGAAAUUCUCGAGAUCUUUUACGAGGUUUGUGCUGAUUUGUUCUUGUGUUCGUAA